UUCCCUCCCCCUUACUUAUAUUCCCCUGAAUUUAUAGGAGGACUAAACUGAGAACAUGAACAUUUAUUGACAAAUCUUGUGUACUGGGGGUAAGGGGUACUCUAUGGGUAAAUACAAUGCAUAUCAUCUGAAAGAUAAACUUUUCAUGAAUUGAAUGGUGUAUGGUACAAAAAAAUUGAGACUGAAUUGACAGAAAUAAGGGUUUUAAGCGGAGAGGUGAAAAAAGAAGUUAAAGGUCAACGUCUACCUGUCCUGAAAUUUUCAGCCGAAUUGGGUAACUGGUUUUUCAGGUAUUUGCAGAGUAUGUAGAAGAAAAUGGCUAGGACAAAAGGGCAAUGAUGAAAAAUGUAAUGAUCUUAUUUGUGGUCCACCAUGUACAGAUUUGGAGGAAGAUGAUUUUAUAGAAAACACUGAACAGCUGAAAUGGGAUUCAGAUGAAAUGGAUAAAUUAAGUGUGAAAUUAAAAGACAUGGAGCAUGUUGAAAGUCUACCAACCCUCACUGCCCUCAGCCAAACUAAAUCUACAUGUAUAACUGAAGAUUCAAGUCAAAACAGUCAGAUUUCAGAUUCAUCCCUAGUACAAACUGAUAAGCUGUCUAACUUGAACAUAUUUUUACAACAGUCAGGUGUUAGUCCUGUCAAACACAUUCAAGGUUCAAUCUUAUCUAGUGAUAGAACACAAAGGAGAUAUUUACAAAAAGCCAAUGAUUGCCUUGCAGUGGUAAUUGAAGCAAUUUGUCCUAAAGAAAAAGAGGCCUUUAUGGAAAAAUUUGUAGAGAGUCUUUGUAAAAGUACAGCAGUUGAAAAUAACCAAUCAUCUAGAUCAUGUGCAGUGAAUGCUUCAAUACUAAAGGAAAUCUAUGACCGGGCAGAAACCUGGACUUUCAGAAGGCAGAUUUUUAUUAAUUUUGGCUUUUGAAAACACUUACAGCCAAAUUAGACAGAUGAUACCUGGUUUAACCUCAUACAGGUAUUAUGCAGCAAAUAAUCACAUUUCCGAAAUUUGGAUAUGGCCUGCCUAUUUAAGAAAUGAAACAGAAUGAGAUAAAUAAUUGACCCAUGUCAAUAAGAACCAUUUCUUGACUUCAUAACGUCAUCACACAUUAUCAAAGACCGGCCAUUCGGUGAAAGGAAACUGAAAAUUUCUACUGGGGAGAUUAUUUGUACACCAAAUGUGAUCAGGGCUAUUGCACCAACAAGUAUCAUCAGACAGUACAAGCAGUUGUGUGAAGAUGAAGAAAUCAGACCAUUGGGCACAAGCACAAUGUAUAAGAUUCUGGAAGAAUGUGCUGCUUCUGUAAGACAUAGUGUGGAAGGUUUGGACUAUUAUGUGGCUGAAGGUGGAAGAGCGUUAAGAGAUAUUGAAGAAGUUUUGGAAGGAUUUGAAUGUGAAGAUGAGGAUAUCAAAAAGAUGAAGGCUGAUCUUCUUGAAGUUAAAAGAUACUUAAAGUCUGAUUAUAAGAUUGAAAAAGCAGUUGAUGACAUUAGGGAGUGGAAAGGACACAUAUUACGCUCAAGAAAUCAGGAAGAGGCAAGGAGGCAUACUCUGGAAAUCUUUGAAGAAAAAAAAAUGUUAACCUAAAAUAACCAUAGACUGGGCAAUGAAGUUCUUGCCUCGCAAAUUCAGAGAAGGGCAAACAGGUUGGUUUGCAAAACGAGGCAUAAAUUGGCAUAUCAGUGUUUCACUGAUGAAAGGACCAUCUGACACAUAUCAGUCUUUCACUCAUGUACAUUUGUUCUCUUCAACUGUUGCUGAAGAUUCAUCGGUCACAUCUUCUAUCAUUUCUGAUGUUGUCCAAGAUUUAAUUCAAAUGAACCAAGGUCUUCCAAAUGUACAUUUGUUUUCUGACGAUGCAGGCUGCUACAAAAGUACCAAUACCAUAGCUGCCUUACACCAAACAUUGAAAGGGACAAUCAAAACCUAUAAUUUUUGUGAAGCACAAGAUGGGAAAGGACCUUGUGAUCGUAGAGCAUCACAUUUAAAGUCGAUCAUUAAGAGAUAUGUGAAUGAAGGAAAUGAUGUAGUAACAGCAGAACAGAUGAAAAGGGCUAUUGAUUUGAAAAAGAACUUCAACUAUAGAGUUAAAGUGGUAACUCCUGUAAUUGACCUAGAUCCUGUUCAAAAUAUCAUUAAAUCAAUACCAGGAAUAUCACAGUUGCAUAAUUUCAAAUUUGAGGAUUCGUGUUUGAGAGUGUGGAAAGCAUAUGGAAUAGGAGCAGGAAAAUUAAUUCCAUGGACAGAUAUCUGUCAAGAUAUGAAUGUUUCCCAGUUGAAAACAGUUCAAAAUUGGUUGGAGAAAUCUUGCAAUGUAUUUUCUGCAGAUGAUAUGACAGAGGAAGAAGAAGUGGAAGAGUGCGAGCCACCAGCAAAGAAAGCAAAAUCUGAAGGAAAUAUUUACAGUUGUCCUAUAGAAGGUUGUGACAGGUUGUUCAACAAUAAUAGUGGUCUAGAACAAUCUCUUAGGAAAUUGUAACUAUCAGUUGAAAAAGCAGUCAUUGAUGAACAGAUCAAAAUCAGAGUGAAGUGUUCAAUUGGAUAAACUGUUAAUAUUUCAUGUUCUACUACUUCUGAAACAGCAAAUGCAGCAAAAAUUGGUUGGGCUCUAAAAAUGAAGAAAAAGAAAACGAUUUUUAAUGUUGAACAAAAACAGUUCAUGCAAGACCAGUUUGAUAUAGGCAAACACACUGGCAGGAAGGUUGAUCCUUUUGAGGCAGCUAAGUUAAUGGUGGUGGAAGUAAAAAAUGGAGAGAGAAGAUUUAAGAAAUCUGAAUAUCUAACUGGCUCCCAGAUUUCUGUUUAUUUCUCUAGGCUGUCUCAAAAGGAUAGAAAAAUGUGUAAAGAGGACAUUAUAGUUUCUCAAAAUGAAGAUGACAAAUAUAACUUGAAAAUGUGUGUAAUUUAAAAAAUGGAUUCCUUGUAAAUGCAUGUUAUUAGUCCCCUUCUGUUGAAGUGCAAGACAACUUUAGUUUUGCACUCGGUCCAUCUGUCUGUCUGUCUAUCUGUCAGUCUGGCACAUCAGUUUUCCACACUUUUUUCUUUAUGAUUGAAGAUAUUGAUUUGAUAUUUGGUAUAUUGUUUUAUCAUGACAAGUUACAGAUCAAAUUUGAAUUUUGUUCCGGUUUAACGAUUUUCAGCGGAGUUAUGGUCCUUGAACUUCAGUCAAAUAAUCAGUUUUCGCCUUUUUAUGUUAUGUGUGAGGAUAAUGAUUUGAUAUUAGGUAUGUUGUUUUCUCAUUACUGAUCAAAUUCAAAUUUUGUUCUGGUCUGAUCAACUGAUGGUUUUGUUCAGAGUUGUGAUUCUUGAACUUAAAAAAAAUAAUUUAAAUAAUCAGUUUUCCACUCAUGCUUAAAAAUAUAAACCUUAUAUUUGAUAUGCAGUUUAUACCAUGACAAAUUAGAGAUCAAGUUUUAUUUUUGUUUCAUUACAAAGAAUUUAAUUCGGUAGGGGACUAUGUACUGCCAUGCAAUUCACACAGAAUGCUUGUUGAUUUAAUCAGAUUGUAAAUUUUAAUGCGAAAUUAAUUUUUUAGUCAUUUUGUUAAAACCUAAUCAAAAUUAGGUUUAAUUUUUUGCACAUGAUUGAAUGUUAGGUAUUAUAUACAGUGAAGAAAUUGUUUAUUAGGCAAUACAUGUAAUUUAAUUUUGGAUGUAAGGCGUCUUCUGAUUGGCUGACCUUAUUUUGUUAUGAACUCAUAGACAUAAUUUAGUAAUUUGACCAUGACAUCAUCAAUGUUUUUUCAUGGUUUUCUACGGUUUAAAAUGGAAUUUAGAAUUAAAUUAUAAGAAAUAACUGUAAUAUUUUUUCUGUCUAUUCAAAAUAACAUUAAAAAUGUGGUGCACACUGUUAAAUAACCCGCUAUGCGCUUGAUUCAGUGUGCACCCAAUUUUUUAUGUUAUUUCUUCAUAGACAGAAAAAAUAUUACAGUUAUUCCUUAAAUAUUUUAAUUCCUUCAUGGAAGUUUUUAACAAUGCUAUUUUACAAACUUUAAAUUAAAUGCCUUAAUCUUUUGAAGAAAUUUUACUUAGUAUAUGUAUUUUCAUGCUUUCCUUGGCCCACUUGAAAAGUCAAAAGUCAGAAUCAUAUGAAUAAUGUAUAAGAUAGCGAAUUUUUGGUUACACAUUUUAGACAAAUAUCAAAUGUUUGGUCACUUUGACCUACAACAACAACAACAACAACAAUUUUUAUUUGUCAAUCAAGACGCCCCGAGGAGCAGUACAAUUAGUUUAAAUUAAAGUGUACAAAUAAUUGUGUUGAUUUUUUUCAUUGAAAUUACAAUACAUGACAAUAAAAUUAAAACAACAUUAUAUAAGUAAUAUGUUGUCAAAUUUUUUAAAGUAAAUACAAGUCAGGAAAUUUUAAAUAUAUCUGACUUUUACAUUGUUAGCUUUAUGUGCAAAAAAAUAAAAUCAUAUACUCUUCUAA